AUCCAUCCGUCCGCCAACCUCAGCGCUGCGCUCUGCGGUGCCGCAGAGGGGUUGGGUGUGGUGAGGGGGGGGGGGCACCCCAUAAUAUCCCAACAACCCCCCCCAAUUCUGCUUUAAUGCUGAGUGGGGAGGGGGGGGGGGGGGGCACUGAACCGCCCCCGUUAUUAUUGCCAUAGGAACAGCUGUGGGUCAGCGCUCGCUGCAGGGCCGCCGGGAUGAGCACAGCUGCCAGCCCCGAACCCCCCCCUUCCCCCCCCGCCCCCGGACCCCGAUACUUCGAGCGCUUCCCCGAGGAUGACCCCGAAUACCUGCGGGAGCGCAACAUGGCAGCCGACCUGCGGCAGGACUUCAACAUGAUGGAGCAGAAGAAGAGGGUCACCAUGAUCCUACAGAGCCCGUCUUUCAGGGAGGAGUUGGAGAGCCUCAUCCAGGAGCAGAUGAAGAAGGGGAACAAUUCGUCCCACGUGUGGGCCCUGCGGCAGAUCGCCGACUUCGUGGCCACCACGUCCCCCGCUGCCCUCCCCACCUCUCCUAUGGGUCUGACGGCGGUGACGCCCAUCAACGACCUGCACGGCCCGGACGCUCCGGCUCUGGCCAAGGGCGAGCGUUUGAUGCGCUGCAAAGUGGGCAGCGUGCACCGCCUGCUGGACCUGUACGGCUGGGCGCAGCUGGGCCACGCGGCCGUCACCCUGCGGGUGAGCAAAGAGCAGGAGCACUUCCUCGUGGCCCCCCAGGGGUUGGCAUGCAGCGAGGUGACCGCAGCCAGCCUGAUCAAGGUGAACGUGCUGGGGGACGUGGUGGAGCAGGGCAGCACCGACUUCGCUCCCGAUGCUCGCGCCUUCAGCCUCCACGCAGCCAUCUACGCCGCUCGCCCCGACGCGCGCUGCAUCGUCCGGCUGCACACACCGGCCACGGCCGCGGUGUCAGCCAUGCGCUGCGGUGUGCUGCCCAUCUCCCGCGCCGCGCUGCUGCUGGGGGACAUCGCCUACUUCGACUUCCGCGGUGAGGUGGAGGACGAAGCCGACCGCGUUGAGCUGCAGAAGUGCCUCGGCCCCACCUGCAAGAUCCUGGUGCUGCGCAACCACGGGGUGCUGGCGCUGGGUGACACGGCCGAGGAGGCGUUCUACAGCAUCUUCCACCUGCAGGCAGCCUGCGAGGUGCAGGUGUCGGCGCUGGCGAGCGCAGGCGGCGCGGAGAACCUCAUCGUGCUGGAGCGUGCCAAGCACCGUCCCCACGAGGUGGGCUCUGUGCGCUGGGCUGGCAGCACCUUUGGCCCCAUGCAGAAGAGCCGUUUGGGCGAGCACGAAUUUGAAGCCCUGAUGAGGAUGCUGGACAACCUGGGCUACCGCACCGGCUACACCUACCGGUACCCCUUCGUGCAAGAGAAAAGCAAACCCAAAAGCGACGUGCUCAUCCCUGCCACGGUGACGGCCUUCGUCUUCGAGGAGGAGGCGAUGCCCACGCCGGCGCUGCGGCAGCACGCGCAGAAGCAGCAGAAGGAGAAGACGCGGUGGCUCAACACGCCCAACACCUACCUGAGGGUCAGCGUGGCCGAGGAGCAGCAGGGAGGCCAGAAGACCAAGACGACUUGGCUGAAGGCUGAUGAGGUGGAGAAGGGCAGCAGUGGCACCGCCAUCCGCAUCGAGAACCCCAACCAGUUUGUGCCCCUCUACACCGACCCUCAGGAGGUGCUGGAGAUGAGGAACAAGAUCCGUGAGCAGAACCGCCAGGACGUGAAGUCUGCGGGGCCGCAGUCCCAGCUGCUGGCCAGUGUGAUCGCCGAGACGAGCCGCAGCCCCUCCACAGAAAGCCAUUUGGGGGAUGCCGAGACCAAAAACCCAUCUCAAGAGGAGGCCCCCGCUGAGCCGGAGCCCCCGAACCCUUUCAGCCAGCUCACGGACCAGGAGCUGGAGGAGUACAAGCGGGAGGUGGAGAGGAAGAAGCUGGGGCUGCACGGAGACAAGGAGGCAGAGGAAACCCAGGCAUCCCCCCCAAAAUCACCACCGGGGUCUCCAAAAUCCCCCGACAAAAGUGCAGCCCCGGAGGGUCCGGAGGGUGAUAAGAAGGCGGAGGAUGGCCAAGCUCCGGCCGAUUCCUCCGCCGAAAAGGAGCCUCCAGCGGUGGUCAAUGGGAAGGAAGAGGAGCAGAGCACCGAGGAGAGCAAAGGGGGGGACCAGACAAGCGCCCCGGCCAACCCAGAGCAGGAUGCCCCCAAGGAGAAGAGCGAGACGGUGACCAGCACGCCCGUCUCCCCCGAAGGCUCACCUUCCAAAUCACCCUCCAAGAAGAAGAAGAAAUUCCGGACCCCGUCCUUCCUGAAAAAGGGCAAAAAGAAGGAAAAGAUCGAAUCUUGAGCCCACCCUCCCCCCACCCCCACACCCCCAAGGAGGCUCCGGUCUUUCCGGACGGAGAUGUCUGCGCCGUGCGUCUGGCCGUGGCGCAGCCAAAAAACCCCGGAGGUGAACAAUCCGGGAUCUCCCGGUACGAGGCACCGCGUCCCCCCCCCCCCCCCCUCCCCGUCACCCGCUUCGGUGGCGGCCACCGAGAGCUUAGCGAGAGAUUUUGACCCCCGUCUGCUGCUUGGGGAGCACCCACCGCCGCGUCCCCACCCCCACCAGCGCCCCCCCAACCCCCCCUCCCAUCUCUCCCAGGCACCCGCGUGGGCUUACGAGGUUUGUUUCUCCCACCCCGCUGCUCGUGGAGCCCUCGUGCAACGCGGGGGCGCAGCCGGGAUGCGUUUGCUUUUGAGAAAGGGAAGGGGGCGUUGUGGCUUUUUUGGGGGGGGUCUUUCAAGAAAGCGUUUUGCUCCGUGCUCUGCUGGGAUGGCGACGGCUUCGCCCCUGGCGUCUCUUUGCCGGGGUGAUGUGGGACGGAGCCCCACAGCGGAUUGCUCUCCCCGAAGGAGAAGCACCUGGGACACUUUCCUUCCCGGAUUGCAAUCUGUGCCGACUUCGGUCCCCUUCCCCCGGUGCCGCGACUCUCACGUUUGCUGCUCGGUGGAGAGAGCAGCAGGAUUUUUAUUUAUUUUAUUUUAUUUUAUUUUAUUUUAUUUUAUUUUAUUAUUUGCACCGCACCUGAGAGAGAACGCAGAAGACAAAGAAAAAGCCUCGGGGCUGAGCAGACUUCACUCACUUAAGUGCUACUUUGGGAUGAACGCACGCCGCCAAUUCACUUCGGUAGGAGGCACUGCCCUGCUCCCCCCCCCCCCCCCCCACACACACACCCCGUCGAUGAGUGCCUGUAUGCAUAAAGAGCACGAGAAGCCCCACGGCCGAACUGCUGUUAGCCCAGCUCCGCACUGCAGAGCACACACACGGAUCCUCCCCAGCCUCAGCUCCCCCCACCAUACAACCCGAAGGGAAGAAGAAAAAGCAGCUCUGAAGCCUGGAAAAGUCUCGGUGGCUUUUUCUGCUGGGGGGGGGACAUGGAAGGCAGAGCGCAGGGCUGCUGCAUGCAGGAGAUGGAGAGGAGGGAAUGCAUAACGUGGGGCCGAUUUCCUUUACGGGGCUGCAGUUUGGGGUGUGCCAAACGACUUCUGAAGGGGGAAAGCCAAACAGUUGGAAGACCGGCAAACCCAGCAGGAGAGUCCUCCCCGGCGGUGGGGUUUUGCAGCCUGGGGGUCUUUGCUGUGCCCCACGUCCUCAAUGGCAUCAGGGUGACGGAUGGUGAUGGCUGAAGGUGGCAGAGCGGAUGAAGUCGGAGGGGACCUCAAAGGCUGCCUGGCCCCACGUCCUGCCCUCAGCCCGGGGCGCUCCCAGCAGCGGUGCCUCACUGCCCUCUGAGCAAAGAAUCUCCUGCUGCCAUCUCAUCUCGGCCUCGCGGCCAUUCCCCCUCGUCCUGCUGCCAUCGGGCCGUGUGGGAAGCCGCUCUCUGUCCUUUCAGGCACUGGAGGGCUCCAUUCAGGUCUCCCUUCGGCUGCCCUCAGCCUUUCUUCCCACGGUUCACCCUCAGCUCUCCCCGCUGGGUCACCCAAACCCCCCCAUUUUCCCUUGCUGCUUUUUCUCCUCUCCCAGCCCCCACCGCAGCCCUCAGCACCCCUGAGACCACCGCCCCCAUGGGGGCCUUUGGGCUCCCCUUUCCAGGGCUGUGGCCGCAGCGGAGCCAUCCGGGAGCGGAGGAUGAGGCGAAGAAAAGGCUUUGGGGCACCAUCACAGCACUGGAGGAUGGCUGAAGGCCCCGUGGCGUUGGUGGCCGUGGGGUUGGGCUGUGGGUCGCUGCUGGGAGCGCUGUGUAACGCCUGCCUGUACAUAAAUAAACCCCGCGUUCGGCCCCACUGA